AACAGGCUAAACCCGUUGGUACUCGACCCACAUGUUUACAAGUUAGACAAUAAGCAUUCUUUUAUAAGAAGGGGUUAUUCAUCGGGAGAAGACAGGUGUUUUGGUUCACCGUGGUGUUAUUCAUUCACCUUCAAGACUAGGCCGACCUGAUGAGACAGCAUGCCUGAAAUAAAAGUAACACCACUGGGUGCUGGACAGGAUGUCGGCCGCAGCUGCAUCCUUGUUUCUAUUGGAGGCAAAAACAUAAUGCUUGACUGUGGGAUGCAUAUGGGAUACAAUGAUGAUAGACGUUUCCCAGACUUUUCUUACAUAACCCAGAAUGGGCGUCUGACAGACUUUCUGGACUGUGUUAUCAUCAGCCAUUUCCACUUGGACCACUGUGGUGCUCUGCCCUUCAUGAGUGAGAUGGUGGGCUACGAUGGACCCAUCUAUAUGACCCAUCCCACCAAGGCUAUCUGUCCCAUUUUGCUGGAAGAUUUCCGGAAGAUCACCGUUGACAAAAAGGGCGAAACCAACUUCUUCACCUCGCAGAUGAUCAAGGACUGCAUGAAGAAAGUGGUACCUUUGAACCUUCACCAAACUGUCCAGGUGGAUGAUGAGCUGGAGAUCAAGGCAUACUAUGCAGGUCAUGUCCUGGGAGCUGCUAUGGUGCACAUCAAAGUGGGAUCAGAGUCUGUGGUCUACACUGGAGACUAUAAUAUGACACCUGACAGACAUUUAGGAGCUGCAUGGAUUGAUAAGUGCCGUCCGGAUAUCCUAAUCUCAGAAUCUACGUAUGCCACCACCAUCCGUGACUCAAAGAGAUGCAGAGAGAGGGACUUUUUGAAGAAAGUGCAUGAAUCCAUAGAGAGAGGAGGGAAGGUUCUCAUUCCAGUUUUUGCCCUCGGAAGAGCACAAGAACUCUGCAUCCUGCUGGAAACAUUUUGGGAGAGAAUGAACCUAAAGGCCCCAAUCUACUUCUCCACCGGGCUGACGGAGAAAGCUAAUCAUUAUUACAAGCUCUUCAUUACAUGGACCAACCAGAAGAUUCGAAAAACCUUCGUACAGAGAAACAUGUUUGAAUUUAAGCACAUCAAGGCCUUUGAUCGCUCCUACGCUGAUAACCCCGGACCAAUGGUGGUGUUUGCUACACCAGGUAUGCUGCAUGCUGGUCAGUCUCUGCAGAUCUUCAAGAAAUGGGCUGGCAAUGAGAAGAACAUGGUAAUCAUGCCUGGGUAUUGUGUACAAGGAACAAUCGGCCAUAAGAUCCUAAACGGGCAGAGGAAACUGGAGAUGGAGGGGAGAGCAACAUUGGAUGUGAAGCUGCAGGUGGAGUACAUGUCCUUCAGUGCACAUGCAGAUGCCAAAGGCAUCAUGCAGCUCAUUCGUAUGGCAGAGCCUCGAAACAUGCUGCUGGUACACGGGGAGGCAGUGAAAAUGGAGUUCCUCAAGGGCAAGAUUGAACAGGAGUUCAGCAUAGAUUGCUACAUGCCAGCUAACGGAGAGACAGCAACUGUGACAACAAACCCCAGCGUGCCUGUGGAUAUCUCACUCAACCUGCUCAAGAGGGAGAUGGCUCUUGGAGGGCCUCUACCUGACCCUAAAAAGCCUCGCACCAUGCAUGGAACACUGAUCAUGAAAGAAAACAGUCUGAAGCUGGUGUCCUCGGAGCAGGCCCUGAAGGAGCUGGGCCUCAACGAACAUCAGCUGCGCUUCACCUGCCGGGUGCAGCUCCAAGACCCGCACAGCGACACCGAGACGCUUCACAGAAUCUACACACACCUCAAGAGCAUGUUAAAAGGUUACACCAUCCAGCACCUCCCUGAUGGCACCGUCAUGGUGGAGUCUAUCGUCAUCAAAGUCUCCUCCUCCGCUGAAGACACCAACACCAAGGUCCUUCUGCUUUCCUGGAGUUAUCAGGACGAGGAUCUGGGGAGCUUCCUUUCUACUCUGCUGAAAAAAGGCCUUCCAUCUGGACUGUGCUGAAAUAUCUUUUGUUCCGAAACCACGAACGUUUGAAGGGAUAUCGACACUCAGAAAGAACUCGUGUUUUGAGCCUGGAUUUGUGGAGGAUGGUGAAGUCCACUUCCCAGUGCAGAGAAUUUCAAAACAUCAGCAUUUUGUUUCAUGUACUGUUCGGAUAGUGAUCUUCACAUGAGCCCGUUCGUCUAGAUGUAUGCGGGCUGCUGCCCUGAUUAGCCCUUGAUUCUUUCUGGUGACUCUUUCAUGGACUCAUUUAUAAACUGAACCACACAAGAAAAAUAAGAUAUUCAAAUUUAGUUUGUUCCCUUUAUUUUGAUGUACAAAGCCAGCUUGAAUAAACACUUUUAUAGAAAAGUAUAAUUUUUGUGACACUGAAGUUACACAUGCAGAGACAGUGAAGCGUACACAGAGCUGUAUUUACAGUCGACACGUGCUGUUACCGCUCUAGGUUCACUCAAUUCACCGUGAUGAUAUAAAUGCCCCUGUUCCUCCUGAUUCUUCUCCGAAGCCAUGUUAUGUUAAAGUGCUUCCAUUUGCAGUGGCUGGUGGUGACGUAGUAAAGCACGGGGUCCAGGCACGUGUUGAGGAUGACGAGUGCCAUCGUUACCCGCCUGGCGUGGUAGAUGGCGUUGGCAGCAGAGCAGCUCUGGAUGAUGUCUAUGCGUCGCAGGAGGUGCAGCAGGUAGACCACAUGGUUGGGCAGGAAGCAGAGCAGCAUUAUAGCCAGAAUGGUGUGAAUGACCCUCACGGCUUUUUGUGCUGUUUUAGUCCCGAUCAUGGAAAUGCGCCUCGCAGCCAGCGGGUAACACACCAGGAUGAUCAAGGAAGGCAGGAGGGAGCCAAACGUCAGGCACAGGAAGCUGUACCCCGCCAAACGCGAGUUCCACUCAUUCUUGGCGAAAUUCUCAAAGCAUCUGUGGCUUCCGGAUUUGUCUGCAUUGGUCUCCAGAGGUCCCAUGAGCACAAAGACCAGCAUAGCCACUCCAACUGCACACCAGAGCAAGACGCUCACGACCACAGAGCACCAGGGGCUCCGCAGCCGCAGAUAGACGUGCGGGUGAACAGUGGCCACGUAGCGGUCCACACAGAUGCAAGUCAUGAAACAGAUGCUCAUGUAGAUGUUGGCGUAGAACAGAAUCCCAGUGACGCGGCAGGCGACGUCCCCAAAACUCCAGUUGUUCCUGUUGAUGUGAUAGUGGAUCUUAAAGGGUAGAGUGCAGAGGAUGACGAUGUCCGCCAGAGCCAGAUUGCUGAUGUACACACUGAAGGCCGUGCGGGACGCGGUCCUGAAGGUGAAGACGAAGAAGGCAGCCAGAUUUCCAGGUAGACCUACGACUAAGGCUAGAAUGUAAACCGCUGGGAACAGGUAGUACUGGUACUCUGCUGAAGGGGCGCUGCAGUCGGCGUCUGUCGCGUUCAUCGUCGCAGAUUGAGCGUGUUGUCAGUGCAGUCGAAAGUCAGGCGGCGUAGGUUGAUUCUCAUAAACGCUGCUGCAUUGCUGGCUUCACGUUUUCUGUUACUGUAGCAACACAAACAUGUUUCCACUCAGAUGUUUUCCCACUUUCACUUUCACAGCACGUUGGAAACACAUGUUUGACUCAAUUCAAAACACUUUUAAUGAUGUUUACACAGCUUUUAAACAUUUCUUUUGUUCCAGAAGCUGACUACACUAUUCUAAGGCAAAAAGUUAAAGUGAAUGUCUGAUAACAACACACAUGUACUCACACGUGAAAUGACUACUUAUCUAUCUAUCUAUCUAUCUAUCUAUAUAUAUAUCUAUAUAUCUAGAUAGAUACAAAAGGGUAAAACAGAAACAGCAAAGGCAGAAAAACACUGACGACUAAACAGGAAAUGUAACAAACAAGCUUAAACUUCUGAGACAUGAAAUAUUUCACCUGUUUAUGAAAAAGAUUUGAACUCUGAGCACUAAAUCAGUUGUACGAAGUUGAGUUUUUUGGGGGGUUUUCAUCACAUUUUCAGGAAUUACUCCUUUUCAGAAACAUUAGAUUUAUAUUCGGAAAAUCUCAACGCAAACUAUAUGAAGUAAAGGAGAACAAAGAGCAUUAAAAAAAACACUUACCAAGUUGUUCAGUGACUCCUUUGCCUGAGCUGCUGCUGCAGAAAGCUACGCCGCAUGCUGAAAACUCACAGGAUAACAGCUGGUUUGUUGCACUUUGUGUCACCAUUCAGCUCCUCUCCGAACAUACUGAGUACUACCAUGCUGCUCUUCAUCAAGACUCUUAAUUUCCUGUUUCAGUGGGUGUAGAUGUAGAGUUAAGGGAGGGGACAGGAAACCAUAGUCUUAGACAAGAUAAUGCAUACAGUCUAUUUUUAUGACUGACCCACUGAUGUAUAUUAAGAUGCUGUACACAAGUGAAUUUUCUAGUUACUUGCACUAUUAAUUUUUAAUUACAUCAGUACAAUAAAUCUGAAAAAACACAGAACUUCUUCAUUCCACUUCCUUCGCAUUACAACAAGGUUCUCUUAGAAAUAUGGGAAAUGUGGAAAUCAGUGUUCCCACCUCAUGCUUUAUGCAUUUCUAAAAGAAAAAUACGUAAAUGCUUUUCUGUCCUGUUACACAUCGUGUAUGACGUUCUCUUAUAUGCAGCAACUCGUCCUGACUCUGUCACCCAGUCCUGAAGAAGAGGCUCUCCAGUAUCUGAGAAUAAUUUGCCAUCCGGUCAUUAUUGCUGUCUGGAUCCAAACCUUCAGUGAUGGCCGGAAAAGCAGCGAAAGUUUCCUUAAAUUUUCGAGAGGACACAACUCUAAUGUCUUGGGGGCAUCCACAGUAUCAGCAUACCCUCAUCUUCCCAGCAGGUCACAUUAUCUUUAUGAUGAGUGUAACUGGAAUUUCUGUACAGUUUGAGGACUGUUCUGUGAGUUUGUUAUACUCACACAAAAUACACAUUUUCUGUUAAU